AAAAUACGCCACUUGGUAAACAAGUUUGAUAGAAAAAAAAACAUAGAUAUACUUAAAAUAUUAUAGCUUUUGACGUCUAAGCGAAGCCUAAGAAACUCAAAGAUCAACCGGCCAAACCAAAGUUACGUUCUUGUAAAUAAUGUUAUACAAGAGCAUGUAUAUAUAUGCAUGUACAUGCUAAUGAAAAUGUUCUCUUUCUCUUCCUCUCUCACAAUGAGAUAACAUCAUUUCUCAAAAUUGUAUUUUAUUACGAGUGAACAAAUAAGCAAAGUAUCUUAUAAAUAAUCCACGCAAAUGUCUCGGGAAGGCUGUCAUGCGACUUAAACGCCUCAUCCGCGUUGCUAAACGCCUUAAGAAGCCCUAGAGGUCUAUUAUGCGUCGUCAUAUAUCACUUGGUAUAUAAGUCCCCAAUUCGUUGCUCGGCGAUCCACUCGUCUUCUUCGAGCGAAAAAGACAAAGGUGUUUUCAUAAUGGUGGUAAAUUUCAAAGUCUACAAGAAAUGCUCGCCCAACGGCAAGCUCGCUGUCUAUCUGGGUAAGCGCGACUUCAUCGACUACUUGUCGGGUUCUGAGCCAAUCGACGGGGUAGUUCUGAUCAGUCCAGAAUACGUGGACAGUGGCAGAAAGGUGUGGUGCCAGCUGUUGUGCAGCUUUCGAUACGGUCGCGAGGAGGACGAGGUGAUGGGGCUCAACUUUCAGAAAGAUCUCUUUUUGGCGUCGGAGCAGAUCUUCCCGCAAAUUAAAAAGCCCGAAUUUAAUCUUACCAAAGUACAGGACAGAUUGGUGAAGAAAUUGGGUUCAAACGCGGUACCCUUCACCUUCACGUUCCCGCAGAGCGCACCACCCAGCGUGACUCUUCAACCCGGGCCCGACGAGACCGGCGAGCCGUGCGGCGUGAGUUACUACGUGAAGGUGUACUGCGGCGAAAUGGAGACCGAUAUGACUCACAAGCGCAGCACCGUCCUGAUGGGCAUUCGCAAGAUUCAGUACACACCCACAAAGCAGGGUCGUCAGCCGUGCACCGUGGUGCGCAAGGACUUCAUGCUGAGUCCAGGCGAGCUCGAACUCGAGGUCACUCUAGAUAAGCAGCUGUAUCAUCACGGCGAAGUGAUCACCGUUAAUGUGUGCAUACGCAACAACAGCAACAAGAUGGUGAAGAAGCUCAAGGCGCUGGUGCAGCAGGGCAUCGACGUGGCAAUGUUCCAGAACGGUCAAUUCCGGACAGUGAUAGAUGCGAUUGAGACGCAGGAUGGCUGCCCGAUUAAUCCUGGCUCGAGUCUGCAGAAGGUACUCUACCUGAAGCCCUCUUUAGAGAGUAACAAGAAUCGCCGUGGCGUCGCCCUCGACGGGAUGAUGAAGCAAGAGGAGAGCAACCUCGCGUCCAGUACCCUGCUAAUCUCGCCGGAUGUGCGUGAUUCCUUUGGCAUCAUCGUGUCCUACGCUGUCAAGGUUAAGCUUUAUCUGGGCGCUCUGGGUGGCGAAUUAACGGCCGAACUGCCGUUCGUUCUGAUGAGACCCAAUCCGUCCGAUCGGGUCAAACUGGUCCCGACGGACAGUGUGCUGAUCGAGGACAUCCCGCAUGAGAAGGUCGACGAGAAAGUCUAGGCUUCUAAAGAUUAACAUUUCAAUAUCCUGUGGGACCGUUGCGCCUGAGCGUUCUCGCUUCUCGCAUUCGACUUUCUAAUUAGCAUAUCAAGCGAGGAUAAUGUUGGCGUUCUAAAGGGCGUCUUAAUGUGUCAGGCACAUUUAGAUAUCCACUAGAUCUCGCCUAAGCUGCAACUGAUAUAAACGAUGCUAAUUGAUACAAAAUCAGUUUCUGUGUAUAAAUCAUGAGAAAAAAUACAUCGGACUUAAUUCUGUCAACACUUUUAAAGAAUAUGUUUAAUUAAUUUAUAUAGUUUAAUGAGAUUAUUUAUGUAAUUUCGCCUAUCUCACAUUAAUUAUUUUCUGGAAAUAUUGAUUGUGUAUUAAUAUAUAUCGAUCAUUUUGAUAUAAAUGCAAAUAUUGUAAUCAGCAUCCAGCUGCACCUGCAUAUAAUUAAAUACCUUAAUCCCUGUAAAGCAUACAAUUAAAUAUUUACAUCUGGAUCCGAUUCCCCCAAAUUUAAUUGUACGAUUGCGUAUCUCGCGAAAUGAUUGUGAAAUAUAUAUAAUUUACAAGAUCAAUAAAGAAUAUGAAAACAUGUUUCUCAUA